ACUCUAUUGAACCUGAUGAUAUACCUUUGGAAAGCACUGAAAUGACACAGGACCAGCUGCUGAACUAUCAGUUGAUGUUUCCCAUAGGCCAGGACAAAUCUAUCCCCUGGAAUGCCAUCACUGCAUAUGAAAACAUGAAAGCAAAGAGAAUAUCUGAACUCAAGAAAUGGAAAGAGCAGGGACCUUGUCAGAAGGAGCUCUACAGAGCCCUGUAUAAAUUGGCACAGGCUCAGCAGAGAAGCGGAGGGGAGAUUUACAAAUUCUAUUUGCCCAACUGCAACAAGAAUGGCUUUUACCACAGCAAACAGUGUGAAACGUCACUGGAUGGAGAAUCUGCUGGAUGCUGGUGUGUCUUUCCAAAAAAUGGAAGAAGAAUUCCUGGAUCUCCAGAAAUUAAAGGAGAUCCCGAAUGCCAACAGUAUCUCAGCUCACAAGAAUAA